AAUACUGGUGUUUUAGGCAUGACGAUACCUGGAUGAUGUCUGUAUUUAAUCUCAUUAUUAGAGAAUAAAGUGGACAUUGUGUCGUCAAGUAGAGCCUUUGACUUUGCUGAAAACUAAAUACAAAUCUCAUUCAAUCACAUCUAUAAAAACAGUAUUAAUAAAUAAAUGAUACAUUAUACUCACACAGCGGGAUACAAUUCUUGUGUACUGCAUCCUUGAUACAAUUAACUUCACCAUACUUCCACUAAAAUUUUUUUCUACAAUAUCAACAAGCAACAGUCAACACUUUGCCUACUCCUCAUCGAAUUUCUGUGGAAGAUAGAGAAGAUAUUUUUAAUACCCACGUGCAACGUUAAAUUAUCACGUGGAUCGCGAAUUGUUUACCAUAUCAGAACCCUUUAAAAAAAAAAAAAUUAUUCGCAACGUCUGCUGAAAGAACAACAUGUGUAAAAGCAAACAUGUGACAUUUCGUGACCAGAUCGCGAAAAAAAGGCUCUUUGACAACUGCGCCAGGUUCCCUCCGAAAGAACCGCGCAUGCAUAACCUAAGUAAAAAUACGUACACAACAAACAUGCGUCGUCGUUCGCGGCGAAUGUAUCAAAGCUCUAAAAAUAACUCGUCACAAUCCUAUUCGCGUGUAAUGUCAACAAUUCGAUUGUGUUCGCGCGUGCAGCGAAUCAUCCCGUGAACUGACCAGGCUUCCUCGACGGCAGACAUGAAAUUCGCGGAGCAUUUGAGCGCUCACAUUACACCAGAAUGGAGAAAACAAUAUAUCAAUUACGAGGAAAUGAAGGCUCUCCUGUACGCUGCAGUGGAGCAGGCUCCAUCGCCAGAUGUAAGCGAAGCGCAUGUUUUGGAAAGCUACUUCAGCAAAUUUGAUGAAAAGUUUUUCCACUAUUGUGACAAGGAAUUGGCCAAAAUAAAUACUUUCUAUUCUGAAAAAUUAGCAGAGGCUACACGCAGAUUUUCCACACUUAAUAAUGACUUGAGCGAGAUUCUGUCAGUUUCGGAGGAUGGUCAAAGUCGUAAGGCACGCUAUCGCAGUCACAUCUUGCACAAAAAGACGGUAUCGGCACGCAAAUUGCAGGAGCUGAAAUUGGCCUUCUCCGAAUUUUAUCUUUUCCUCAUUUUGCUUCAAAACUACCAGAAUCUCAAUUUCACUGGAUUCCGAAAAAUCUUGAAGAAGCAUGAUAAACUUUUGAAUGUUGACAUUGGUGCCAAAUGGCGUGCAGAGCACGUUGAUACAGCAGUUUUCCAUACACGUAAGGAUAUAGAUAGACUCAUCGCGGAGACCGAAGCUCUGGUCACUCGUGAUCUGGAACACGGUGAUCGUCAACGAGCCAUGAAGCGACUCAGGGUACCCCCCCUUGGAGAACAUCUCUCUCCGUGGAUCACAUUUAAAGUCGGUCUCUUCUCCGGCGCCUUUAUCAUACUUUUCAUAGCUGUGGUGUUGUCUGCUAUGCGAUAUAACAAGAAGGACAAUUGGAAAGUACUGUGUCGGAUUUAUCGUGGACCACUUCUUAUGAUAGAAUUCCUUUUUCUCAUGGGAGUCAACGUUUAUGGCUGGAGGUCUUCUGGUGUGAAUCAUGUGCUGAUAUUCGAGCUUGAUCCACGCAAUCAUUUAUCAGAGCAGCAUAUAAUUGAAAUGGCAACAAUACUUGGCCUGGUUUGGUCCAUAUCUAUACUGGGUUUUCUAUACAGCGACACGUUAGGUGUACCUCCGUUUGUUCAACCAGUGCUGUUCUACAUACUGUUGGCACUGUUUCUGUUCAAUCCCACCAGGACGUUGCGACACGAGGCCAGAUUUUGGGCGUUACGCGUUAUGGGUCGCGUCUUUUGCGCGCCUUUCUUUUAUGUGGGCUUUGCAGACUUUUGGCUCGCUGAUCAACUCAAUUCUCUUCACACAGUCUUCCUGGACUUUCAGUAUUUCGUUUGCUUUUAUAUCCAGAACUCUUCUUGGACUGAUGUCACGGAUACAGAAACUUGUAUAAUGCGCGAAUUAUCAAUGAGACCAUUCGUGGCGUGUCUACCGGCUUGGUUUCGAUUUGCGCAGUGUUUAAGACGCUAUCGGGAUACGAAGGAGGCCUUUCCACAUCUGCUGAAUGCGGUCAAGUAUGCAACGAGUUUCUUCGUGGUCAUUUUCUCCUAUUUGCACUUGACGAACAAGAAAUACUACGCGUUGUCUACUGAAAAUCCCUACUUCUACUUGUGGCUCACAGUCAGCGUAGUAAGCUCUUGCUUCACGUAUACGUGGGACGUGAAGUUAGAUUGGGGCCUCUUCGACAGCAAUCCUGGGGAGAACAAAUUUCUCAGAGAAGAGAUAGUUUACUCGUCACCUUAUUAUUAUUAUUUCGCGAUGAUUGAAGAUUUUAUCUUGCGAUUUGGAUGGGCAUUCUCCUUGUCCCUGACAGAGAUGGGUUACGUCCACGCAGACCUUAUGGUUUCCAUAGUCGCUCCGUUGGAAGUCUUCAGGCGUUUCGUGUGGAAUUUCUUCCGCUUGGAAAACGAGCAUUUGAACAAUUGCGGAAAGUUUCGAGCCGUACGGGACAUCUCCGUCGCACCGGUCGACUGUUCGGAUCAGACGCAGAUAUUGCGAAUGAUGGAUGCUUCUGACGGCGUGAUAAACCGCAGAAGGAAGCAGAAGGUCGACGAGAAGCGCAAGCCGAUUCGGUUACUUUUGAAGGGCGAAUCUCUCAUGGACGACAAUUGAGGCGCUGAUCAUUUAGCUGUGCUAACUAAAUCGAAUUUUUGUACCACUUUAUAACUUUGAUUUUAUCCAUUAUGAAAGCCGAUUAAACUGACAAAAGCGGAAAAUUAUGUCGGAUUGUAAAUUCCGGAUGAGGAUUCAUCGAAACAUCAUAUGUGGGAUACAUUAAUUAGAUACCUUAAUCCGUCGAUGUCAUUAAAGAUAAUGAUUAUCUGUAAGUAAGUAAUGAAUUAAUGUAAUUUUUGUCAUCGGGAAUCAAAUAUUGCAAAUAAGAAUCAAAAAGAAUUAGAUUAUAUUGAACGUUAAGAACUGAUGUACCUUUACUUGGAUCGCUGUACCUUGACUAAAUAAAUGAUUGUUACAAAGUGAAA